GUGAUGCGGAGAGUCCCGUGUUGUCACAUGACUCUUCGUUUCAGGCGAUGGCGGUCGCUGUUCUGAGCGCGGCGGUGUUUCUGUCUCUUUGCGCCGGGAGCCUGACGUUCCCGACCGGGUCACGUCGGAGCCAGCGCCCCUCCUGCGGGUACGAGGCUUGUCACGAUACCAAGGCGGGCGUCCUGAACGUGCAUCUGGUCCCGCACACGCACGAUGACGUGGGCUGGCUGAAGACUGUGGACCAGUAUUACUAUGGAGCCCGCAAUGAGAUCCAGCAUGCCGGAGUGCAGUACAUCCUGGACUCUGUGGUCCGGCAGCUGCUGUCAGACCCGACUAAGCGAUUCAUCUACGUGGAGAUCGCCUUCUUCGCACGCUGGUGGCAGCAGCAGAGCGAAGACAUGAGGAGUGCAGUCCGGCAGCUCGUCAACCAGGGGCGUCUGGAGUUCAUCAAUGGCGGCUGGAGCAUGAACGACGAGGCCACGACUCACUACAGCGCCAUCAUCGACCAGAUGAGCCUCGGACUGCGCUUCCUGAACGAAACGUUUGGCGAGUGCGGGCGCCCCCGCGUGGCCUGGCACAUCGACCCCUUCGGACACUCCCGGGAGCAGGCAUCCCUCUUCGCACAGAUGGGUUUCGAUGGCUUCUUCUUCGGGCGUCUGGACUAUCAGGACAAGCGGGCCCGCCUGCAGAGCAGGGAGAUGGAGAUGCUGUGGAGAGCGAGCGCCAACCUGAAGCCUCCCGCAGGGGACCUCUUCACAGGCGUGCUCCCGAACGGCUACAACCCCCCCGAUGGGUUCUGCUGGGACCAGUCCUGCAUAGACACGCCCAUCAUGGACGACAAGACAAUGGAGGAUUACAAUGUGGACAAAAUCGUGCAGAGAUUCAAUGAGACCGCACACGCUCAGGCCUCUCACUACCGGACGAAUCACAUCAUCAUGACGAUGGGCUCAGACUUCCAGUAUGAGAACGCCAACCUGUGGUACAAGAACCUGGACAAGCUGAUCCACCACGUCAACCUGCAGACCAGCGAGACCAACGUGCACGCGCUCUACUCCACUCCCUCCUGCUACCUGAAGGAGCUCCACAACGCCAACAUCAGCUGGUCGAUGAAGUAUGAUGAUUUCUUCCCCUACGCAGACAAUGCCCACAACUUCUGGACGGGGUAUUUCACCAGCCGCCCCGCCCUGAAACGAUACGAGCGACUCAGCAACAACUUCCUGCAGGUCUGCAGUCAGUUGGAGGUGUUGGGAGGCAAAGUGUCCAGGGAUGGACCCUACGGCAAAGCAGACAGCGAUACCCUCAAGAGGGCGAUGGCCGUGGCCCAGCAUCACGACGCGGUGUCUGGGACGGAGAAGCAGCACGUAGCAGACGACUAUGCGAGGAGACUGUCCCAGGGCUGGGACCAGUGCGAGAUCCUGGUGGCUAACGCCAUGUCGGCUCUGACUGGGAGUCAGGGGCCUGUCGUGUUCUGUGAGAAUCUCAACAUCAGCGUGUGCCCCACGUCGGAGUCCUCCCAGAAGUUCUCGGUCACCCUGUAUAACCCGCUGGCUCGCAGGGUGAGCUGGCCAGUGCGGCUCCCAGUCAACGGCUCCCAGUUCAGUGUGACGGACUCGUCCGGGCAGCCUGUCGACAGUGAGGUGGUCCCUGUGUCGAACGCCACGCGGGCAGUGCGCCGGGACCGCGGGUACUCUGUUAACGAGCUCGUCUUCCUCUCCUCCCUCCCUGAACUCGGAUUCACCACCUACACCGUGUCCAGGACGGCGCAGAACAACAAUCAAGCCACCGGGGGGCACCAGAGCAAGCGGGACGCGGCAAUGAGCAUCCAGAACGAAUUCUUCAGGGUGAACUUUGACCCACAGACCGGCCUGCUGAGUGAGAUCCAGAGUCUGGAUAGGAAGAGGACCCUGCCAAUCAAACAGAACUUCUACUGGUACAACGCCAGCACAGGGAAUGGCGAGAGCUCACAGACCUCUGGAGCCUACAUCUUCAGACCCAACUCCUCUGAGCCAGUCCCUAUCAGCACCACCGCCCAGACCUACACUGUGCAGAACGCGCUGGUACAGGAGGUGUAUCAGAACUUCAGCGCCUGGUGCUCUCAGGUGGUGCGUCUCUAUCGGGCCCAGAACGUCCUGGAGCUGGAGUGGACAGUGGGGCCCAUUCCCGUGGGGGACGGUCUGGGGAAGGAGAUCAUCACUCGCUUCGACACUCCCUUGAAGACGGCCGGACUGUUCUACACUGACUCCAACGGGAGGGAGAUCCUGGAGAGGAGGAGGAACUUUCGCCCCACCUGGACCCUGAAGCAGACGGAGCCCGUAGCCGGAAACUACUACCCAGUGAACAGUCGCAUCUACAUCAAGGACUCAGACACUCAGCUCACCCUCCUGACUGAUCGCUCCAUGGGAGGCAGCAGCAUCCAGGACGGCUCUGUGGAGCUCAUGCUGCACCGCCGUCUCCUGCUGGAUGAUUUCCGGGGUGUGGGGGAGCCCCUCUCCGAGCCGGGAGAUUACUACGACGGGCUGGUGGUGCGCGGCCGGCUGCUCGUCUUCCUGUCCCCCCCGGAGGCUGCGGCAGAGCUGCACCGCCCCCAAGCGCAGCAGGAGUACCUGCAGCCGCAGAUCCUCCUGCACCCAGGGGGCACCAAGCAGGAGUUCUCUGCAGUGCUCAGCGCUCUCCCUCUCAAUGUUCACCUCCUCACGCUGGCUCAGUGGGACGCUGACGCUGUGCUGCUGAGGCUGGAGCACCAGUUUGAGAAGAAGGAGAGCAGCACCUACUCCCUGCCCGCCACUGUGGACCUGCAGAAAGUCUUCUCUCGGUUCAGCAUUGAAGGACUGAGGGAGCUGACUCUGGGAGCCAAUCAGUGGAGAGAUGAGAUAUCCAGACUGGCCUGGAGGACCUCCGGAGGCUGGUCUCGUCCGGAGAGCUGGUCAGCUGACCCUGCGGACCCCCCCACUCUGGUCACUCUGCAGCCCAUGGAGAUCCGCACCUUCCUGCUCAAGAUCCGGCUCCACUAAUUAAUAAUCAAUAAUCAAUAAUCAGCAAUCAAUACCCGACGAACUGGCUGUGCCGGGGGGAGACAGGCACCCUCCACACACAGUGUUUGAUUCAGGGAAUGAAGAUCAUUUCUAUAAACAUGUGAAGAUCAUUUCUAUAAACAUGUGAAGAUCAUUUCUAUAUGUUUUUUCAGUAUAUUGGAAAGCUGCGCAGCGCUGUGUAAUUCAAUAUGUUAACGUCACGUUAUUCAGCAGCUUUCAUUGGACUCUGGGAAGCACAAGGAGUUUGUUCUAUAGGACGAUGCAAUGCUUUUGCCCGUAGCUGCAGGUUAUUGUAACACACAGACACACUCAGGGAAUGGGCAGCCCAGCAUAGCAAUCCUGUCCAGCUUCAAACACAAGAUUCAGGGUUCUAGCUGUGGGUUCACACACCUCACUCGCUCUCUCUCUCUCUCUCCCGCUCUCUCUCUCAGUACGUGCCUUUUGAUUUGUAAGAGUUUUUGUUUUUUUGAAAUAAAUGCCUGAAUGAAUGAA